AUUUUAGGGAUGAGCUUAAUGAGGCUUAAUGUAAUUACAGACACACCAACUUUGAUCUUAACGCAUUGUUUGAUACGCGUGUGGUAAACGACGCAUCUCAAAUUUCUCUGACGUCAUUGGGUCGACCAACGCGUCACGACGAAGUGAGCGCGGUGACUUCGAGGGCCGCACGCGAAGCUCCGAAGCUCGCGUUCUCCAACAGCCCGCGAAGGCAUCACCGGGAAGUGGGCGUGUCUCUCCGCCACCAUGUCGCCGUAGGAGUUUUUACUCCAAACUUCACCGUCAACAUUUAAUUUAUUUACGCAGUCAACCGCCCGCUCGCAGUGGACGGAACAUGGCGGCGCCUCCUCGCGGCGGCUCGCUCGUCAGCUGCAUAGUUUUCGUGGUCGUUUCGGCGGCAAACUCGCCGGUGUGUGAGUGCGGGCGCAUCCGCUCGGAGAGGUGCCUCGUCUGGGGUCCCGGGCUGAGCCCCGCCGCGGUGCUUCCCGUCCGCUACUUCUUCAUCCAGGCGGUCGGUUCCGACGGCGCGAACCUGACUCUGUCUCCAGGUGAAGGCACCUUCCAGGUGAAGAUACGCCCGCUGGACGCGAAGGAGCACGUCCGUAUCCACGUCCCCCCGCCUCUGGACCGCGGGGACGGGUCCUUCCUGGUGCGGUACCGGCUCUACGGCACCGCGCUGAAGGGCCUCCGGGUGGAAGUCCUCCACCGGGACGCGGCUGUGGCCAAGUCGCCCUACUCCAUCCGAGGUGGUCCAGUCUAUCACGAGUACUGCGACUGUCCGGAGCCCUCGCCUCGCGCCUGGCGGGCGGCCAUGCAGUGUCCCGCCGAGGAGGCCCGAGCCGCGGCGGAUUUCGAAGCUUUUCCCACGAUCGACCUGCGGCGACUCCGGGAGGAAGUGCCCCGGAGGUUCGCCAACCGAGGAGGCCUCGUCCACUACGCCAUCAUCGACAACCGCUUGUACCGCCGCACGCUGGGAAAAUACACCGACUUCAAGAUGUUCUCCGAUGAAAUGCUGCUGUCUCUUACCAGGAAGGUCCGGCUGCCCGACGUGGAGUUCUACAUCAAUGUUGGCGACUGGCCGCUGGAGACGAGGAAGGUGGACGCCGUGCCGGUCCUGUCGUGGUGUGGCUCCGUCGACACGCGGGACAUUGUCCUUCCGACCUACGAGGUCACGCACUCCACCCUGGAGACCAUGAGAGGGGUCACCAAUGACCUGCUGUCCGUCCAGGGAAACACAGGGCCCCCGUGGACCAACAAGACGGACCGGGCGUUUUUCCGUGGCCGGGACAGCAGAGAGGAGCGUCUUCACCUGGUCUCUCUGUCCAAGGCGAGUCCCGAGCUGCUGGACGCCGGCAUCACGGGCUGGUUUUUCUUCAGAGACCGGGAGAAACAAGUGGGCAAAGCGCCGCUGGUUGGCUUCUUUGACUUCUUCAAGUACAAGUACCAGGUGAACGUGGAUGGAACCGUGGCGGCGUAUCGGUUCCCUUACCUCAUGCUGGGAAACAGUCUGGUUCUGAAGCAGGACUCGCAGUAUUACGAGUUUUUCUACGGCCACCUGAAAGCCGGCACUCACUACCUGCCUGUGCGGAGAAACCUGUCGGACCUCCUGGAGAAAAUCCAAUGGGCCAAAGACCACGACGCCGAAGCGCAACGGAUCGCCAGAGCCGGUCAGGCGGCGGUCCGCGAGCUGCUGCAGCCCAGCCGCCUGUACUGUUACUACUACGCGGUGAUGCACGUGUACUCUGAGCGGCAGGUCGGGCGGCCCGCGCGGCACGCGGACAUGGAGCCGGUGCCGCAGCCCGACGACCACGCCGCUGCGUGCGCGUGUGAGCGUGGAACCGCCGGAGGAGAAGCUAGUACGAGGGAUGAACUAUGAGGGGCGGCCUUCAGGCUCUACUUGGUGCCUUUCCUUCUCUGAUGACCUCCUGGACCGAUCCUGCUCCUCGCGAGAAAAUGUGAAUUUCACCGUUUGAAACAAGUAUAACAAUUCGUGCCUUUUUUAGAUUGGAGAGCACAGCCCUUUUUUGAAGAAAGCGCCAAUGUGUAGGAUUUAAACGUGUUACGUUAAGUGUAUGACGACCUGAUGGUGAGAACCGUGAUGUGUCCCGUUUCUAUGGUAACCCUGAACGGACAAACACUGGCCUUUACGUUGUUGCGUCACCUGAGCGGCAACGCGAGCAGCCGUCGGAAUUCGCAGGGCGGCCCGGGUUCCCGCCGCCCUGCGACGCAAAGCGCGAAGCCGAUGGGCGUUCGCGUGGUGGCAGUCUGCAGCCGCACAUCUGGAUGCCAAUAAAUCCUUCUCGCUGUGCCUUUUUUAAAACUAAGAACGCCUCUGCCGCGUGAAACCAGGCGGCGGGAAAUUGCUGUCAACGUAAAAAUGCUGCUCUUGUUUUUAAUACUGUGUCUCCGAUGUGCCCUGGUCAAUAAUUCAAGAAACCAAGAGUUAAUGUUUUGGAUAUUUGUAUACAGUUUUUUUUUUUUAAAUAAAUUGAAAUAGAUUUCAUUUUUCAGUUUA